AUGACCGACGGCGAGGCGGUUGUUUCGACAAUGAACAAUGUCGAGGAGGUGCACGGGCAGCUCUUUGAGGUUCGACCGCGAUAUAUCAAUCUCUCCUACAUUGGAGAAGGAGCUUAUGGAAUGGUCGCUUCCGCACUCGACACAAUCACCCACGAGAGGGUGGCGAUUAAGAAAAUCUCACCGUUUGAGCAUCAGACUUUCUGUCAGCGCACACUUCGCGAAAUCAAAAUUCUGACACGCUUCAAACAUGAGAAUAUUAUCAAUAUCCAAGAAAUUAUUCGUUCCGAGAGUGUAGAUACAAUGAAGGAUAUUUAUAUCGUACAAUGCCUUAUGGAAACUGAUUUGUACAAAUUGUUGAAAACUCAGAAAUUGUCCAAUGAUCAUGUGUGCUAUUUUCUUUAUCAGAUUCUCCGCGGUCUUAAAUAUAUUCAUUCUGCGAACGUUCUUCAUCGCGAUUUGAAACCAUCGAAUCUCUUAUUAAAUACUACUUGUGAUCUCAAAAUAUGUGACUUUGGACUUGCUCGCGUAACUGAUCCACAGACGGAUCACACUGGAUUCCUUACUGAAUACGUCGCGACUCGAUGGUACCGCGCCCCGGAAAUUAUGCUCAAUUCGAAAGGGUACACGAAAUCGAUUGACGUUUGGUCAGUCGGAUGCAUUCUCGCUGAGAUGCUCAGCAAUCGGCCGUUGUUCCCCGGAAAACAUUAUCUCGAUCAGCUUAAUCUAAUUUUGGCGGUCGUCGGCUCGCCGAGCAAUGAGGAUUUGCAGUGCAUCAUUAAUGAUAAGGCCAAAUCGUAUUUGAUCUCGUUGCCGCAUAAGCCGAAGCAGCCAUGGUCGCGACUUUAUCCGGGAGCUGAUCCACGUGCUCUUGAUCUUCUGGACAAAAUGUUGACAUUCAAUCCGCAUAAUCGCAUUGAUAUCGAGCAAGCGCUUGCCCAUCCGUAUCUCGAGCAAUAUUAUGAUCCAGGAGAUGAGCCGGUCUGUGAGGAGCCAUUCACGUAUGAAAUGGAGCUUGACGAUUUGCCAAAAGAGAAACUGAAAGAAUUGAUUUGGCAAGAAGCCGAAGAGCAUCAUAAGCGAAUGAUGGAGGAGGCGGCGAAGAAUGGAAAUGGGCCGCCGGCGGUCGAACAAUAA